GCCCAGAUCGGGUCUGGAACUUGAUAAGGGGGUGCCCAUGCCCCCGGUGGAUGCUUCCGGGCAGCGAUGAAAGGCUUAUCCGGCAGCCGUAGCCAUCACCACGGGAUCACCUGUGAGUCUGCUUGUGACUCGCUGUCCCAUCGCUCGGAUCGCAAGCCGUACCUGCUGAGCCCGGUGGACCACCACCCUGCCGACCACCCUUACUACACCCAACGAAACUCCUUCCAGGCCGAGUGUGUGGGUCCCUUCAGCGACCCCCUGGCUAGCAGCACCUUCCCACGUAGACACUACACGUCCCAGCAGGAGCUGAAGGACGAGUGCGCCCUGGUGCCCCGCACUCUGGCCACCAAGGCGAAUCGCAUCCCCGCCAACCUGCUGGACCAGUUCGAGAGGCAGCUGCCCCUCAACCGGGAUGGCUACCACACCCUGCAGUACAAGCGCACGGCCGUGGAGCACCGCAGCGACAGCCCUGGCCGCAUCCGCCACCUGGUCCACUCGGUCCAGAAGCUUUUCACCAAGUCCCACUCCCUAGAGGGGCCGUCCAAGGGCAGCGUCAAUGGGGGAAAGGCCAGCCCGGAUGAGACGCAGACUGUGAGAUAUGGCAAGCGCAGCAAAAGCAAGGAGCGGCGUUCAGAAUCCAAGGCGCGAUCCAAUGCCUCCAACACCUCCCCGACCUCUCCAAGCUGGUGGAGCUCUGAUGACAACCUCGACGGCGAUAUGUGCAUCUACCACACACCCUCGGGCGUGAUGACCAUGGGCAGGUGCCCCGAUCGCUCGGCCUCACAAUACUUCAUGGAGGCCUACAACACCAUCAGUGAGCAGGCGGUGAAGGCCUCCCGGAGUAACAAUGAUGUCAAGUGCUCCACAUGUGCCAACCUGCCGGUCAACCUGGAUGCCCCACUCCUGAAGAAGAGCGCGUGGUCCUCCACGCUCACCGUGAGCAGAGCCCGGGAGGUUUACCAGAAAGCCUCAGUGAAUAUGGACCAAGCCAUGGUGAAGUCUGAGUCCUGUCAGCAAGAACGCUCUUGCCAGUACCUGCAGGUUCCUCAAGAUGAAUGGUCAGGAUACACACCUCGAGGGAAAGAUGACGAGAUUCCAUGCCGAAGGAUGCGAAGUGGUAGCUACAUCAAGGCCAUGGGGGAUGAAGACAGUGGGGACUCAGACACAAGUCCCAAGCCUUCUCCUAAAGUGGCUGCACGAAGAGAAAGUUAUCUCAAGGCUACUCAGCCGUCCCUCACAGAGCUCACCACACUCAAGAUCUCCAAUGAACACUCACCCAAACUCCAGAUCCGGAGUCACAGUUACCUGAGGGCAGUAAGUGAAGUCUCCAUCAACCGAAGUCUGGACAGCCUUGACCCUGCAGGCUUGCUCACAUCACCAAAGUUCCGCUCCAGGAAUGAGAGCUACAUGCGAGCCAUGAGCACCAUUAGCCAGGUGAGCGAGAUGGAGGUGAACGGGCAGUUUGAGUCCGUGUGCGAGUCGGUGUUCAGCGAGCUGGAGUCUCAGGCGGUGGAAGCCCUGGAUCUGCCCAUGCCCGGCUGCUUCCGCAUGCGCAGCCACAGCUACGUGCGGGCCAUCGAGAAGGGCUGUUCCCAGGACGACGAAUGCGUGUCCCUGCGCUCAUCCUCCCCGCCGCGUACCACCACCACGGUGAGGACCAUCCAGAGCAGCACCGUGUCAUCUUGCAUUACAACAUAUAAGAAGACACCACCUCCAGUCCCACCCAGAACUACCACGAAACCUUUCAUUUCUAUCACAGCCCAGAGUAGCACAGAGUCUGCGCAGGAUGCCUACAUGGAUGGACAAGGCCAGAGAGGAGACAUUAUCAGCCAGUCUGGUCUCAGCAACUCCACAGAAAGCCUGGACAGUAUGAAGGCUCUGACAGCCGCCAUCGAGGCUGCAAAUGCUCAGAUCCAUGGCCCUGCAAGUCAACAUAUGGGCAACAACACUGCCACUGUCACCACCACCACCACUACCAUAGCCACAGUUACCACUGAGGACAGAAAGAAGGACUUCAAAAAAAACCGAUGUCUGUCCAUUGGAAUACAGGUGGAUGAUGCUGAAGAACCUGAGAAAACGGGAGAGAACAAAGCACCCAGUAAGUUCCAGUCUGUGGGCGUACAAGUAGAAGAGGAGAAGUGCUUCCGCAGGUUUACUCGAUCUAACAGUGUGACCACAGCGGUACAGGCUGACCUGGACUUCCACGAUAAUCUGGAAAAUUCUCUGGAAUCUAUAGAGGACAAUUCAUGUCCUGGUCCAAUGGCCAGACAGUUCUCCCGGGAUGCCAGCACUUCCACGGUUAGCAUUCAGGGCUCAGGAAACCAUUAUCACGCCUGUGCUGCCGAUGAUGACUUUGACACAGAUUUUGACCCCUCCAUCCUGCCUCCUCCCGACCCUUGGAUUGACUCUAUCACAGAAGACCCCCUGGAGGCCGUGCAAAGGUCUGUGUGCCACCGGGAUGGCCAUUGGUUUCUGAAGCUUCUCCAGGCAGAGCGAGACCGUAUGGAAGGGUGGUGCCAGCAGAUGGAGAGAGAAGAACGGGAAAACAACUUACCGGAAGACAUUCUAGGGAAAAUCCGAACCGCAGUGGGCAGUGCCCAACUUCUCAUGGCCCAGAAAUUCUACCAGUUCAGAGAACUGUGUGAAGAAAACCUGAACCCUAAUGCUCAUCCGAGACCCACUUCCCAGGAUUUGGCGGGGUUUUGGGACAUGCUGCAGUUGUCCAUAGAAAAUAUUAGUAUGAAAUUUGACGAACUUCAUCAGUUAAAGGCCAAUAAUUGGAAACAGAUGGAUCCUCUUGACAAGAAGGAGAGAAGGGCCCCUCCUCCAGUGCCAAAGAAGCCGGCGAAGGGCCCUGCGCCGCUGAUCCGGGAGCGCUCGCUGGAGAGCUCGCAGCGCCAGGAGGCCCGCAAGCGCCUGAUGGCCGCCAAGCGCGCCGCGUCGGUCCGCCAGAACUCGGCCACCGAGAGCGCCGAGAGCAUCGAGAUCUACAUCCCCGAGGCGCAGACUCGGCUCUGAGCCCGCCCGCCCCGCCCACCGCGGGCCCCGCCCUCCAGAAGCCCCGCCCCCGACCCAGCCCCGCCUCCUGUCGCCACGCCCCCUCCAAGCCUCCUCCUCCUCCCUCCC